AUGAGGAAGGCCAUAAGUCUACUUCUUUUAUCCUGGUUCCUCCUCCCAUGCCUAAUGAAUGGCUGGGCAGCGUUGGCGGCGAGACCGUGGUGCCUGUCCAAGCCGGGAACGACAACAGAGAAACUCAUAGCGAAUAUCAACUAUGCCUGUAGGAGCGGCUUAGCGGAUUGCAGAGCGAUACAGAAAGACGGCCCGUGCUACUCCACAGACAUCAUCAAAGUGGCAAACUACGCCAUGAACGCCUACUACUACGGCGCUGGCCAUAGGGACACCAACUGCUACUUCAAUGGUUCCGGCCUCAUAGUCUACGACGACCCCAUUCACCUCUCACUAUGGCAGCUUAUGGGCACUGCAUAUAUCCUUAAUGAAGCAAAUUGGAUCCUUCAUGAAGCAAGCUGGAUUGCUGGAGGAUAUGAUGGAGUUUGA